GGGGGGGCGGAGCGUCUGGGAGAACGGUCACGUGGAGGAAGCGGAAGUCCUAGCCAUCUCACCUUCGCCCAACCUAUCGGCGCAGUGGUCUGUGUUUAGAAGGACUGGAGCACUAUUUUCCCCAUACUUUUGUCACGCCUGGUCUAGGGUGAUGGCUUCGCCUGUGGAUCCACGGCGCCUCUGCAGGCUGGUGCAAGAGGGCCAACUGCGCUCCCUGCAGGAAGAGUUGGAGGCGGCCGGAGGCUGCCUGGGGCCCGCUGGAGACACCCUUCUCCACUGUGCGGCCCGCCACGGGCAUCAGAACAUUCUGGCUUAUCUAGUGGAGGCUUGGAGUAUGGACAUCGAGGCUGCCAACCGAGACUAUAAGCGGCCUCUACACGAAGCUGCCUCUAUGGGCCACCGGAACUGCGUGCGCUACCUCCUGGGCCGAGGGGCAGCCGUGGACUCCUUGAAGAAGGCGGACUGGACUCCUCUGAUGAUGGCUUGUACAAGGAAGAACCUUGAAGUGAUCCAGGUCCUUGUGGAACACGGUGCCAACCCACUCCUGAAGAACAAGGAUGGCUGGAACAGUUUCCACAUUGCCAGUCGAGAAGGCGACCCUGUGAUCCUCCGGUACUUGCUCACGGUCUGCCCGGAUGCUUGGAAAACAGAGAGCAAGAUUAGAAGAACUCCUUUACAUACUGCAGCAAUGCAUGGCUGUUUUGAAGCAGUACAGGAGCUUCUUGCUAGGUGUCACUAUGAGCCAGACUGUAGAGACAACUGUGGUGUCACACCCUUCAUGGAUGCAAUUCAAUGUGGCCAUGUUAACAUAGCCCUGCUGCUCCUUGAAAGACACCAGGCUUGCCCUUCAGCGGAAGAUAGCCUGGGGGCCCAGGCUCUACACCGAGCAGCAGUCACUGGGCAGGAUGAAGCCAUCCGGUUCCUGGUGUCUGGUCUUGGCAUUGAUGUAGAUGUGAGAGCAAAGUCAACCCAGCUCACAGCACUUCUUUAUGCAGCCAAGGAAGGACAGACAAGCACCGUUCAAACGCUAUUAUCCCUGGGUGCCGACAUCAACUCUAAAGAUGAAAGAAAUCGCUCAGCCCUGCAUCUGGCCUGUGCAGGUCAGCAUGUGGCUUGCACCAAGUUCCUGCUGCAGUCAGGACUGAAGGACUCUGCAGACCUAACAGGUACCCUGGCCCAGCAGCUCACAAAGAAUAUAGAUAUCCUUUGGAACUUUGACCACACUGUGAAGUCAUAAGGAUGUUUGAAGAAGGAGGCAAUAAAGUUCAUGGGAACUGACAUCCUGCAUUUUCAAUUAGACAAGCGAGUGAGUUAUUUCUCAGCCAGUGUUUUCUUCUCCUUCUGCCUUCCCGCCAUGUUCCUCUGCUGGAAGACUUGCCAGAUGACCAAGACUCUGGAUUCCUGGCAUGUUGUAUGGUCUUGAAGGCAGCCAUUUAUUUUUUCCUUUUUAAACUAUACUGGGCAUUGGAACCAGAGCCUUGCAAAUGCUCACUAAGCCAGCUCUGUGCUGCUGUGCUCGAGUGUCAGCCCCAUACUUUGGUUUCUCUACCCUUCAAGUAGAAUGAGAUUAAAUACUGAGUUCUGGGAAUUCCUGGGACAUAUAUAAUGUGAAUGAAUGUAAUAUAUAUCCUUCUUUAAGUGUAUGAAAAUGUAAUAAAACUUGAAAUAUGAAUUGCUGUUUA